AUGCUAAUCUACUUGUUUAACAUCUUUCACUCCCGCUCUACUGUAUCUCGCUGCAGUCGACGACAAAGCGGCGAUGGCGAGUGUGAAGGCGGCGUUGAUGUGCACUUUUCGGCGCGGAGCAGAGGUGACCUUCCCCCGCGCCCCUGGGAGCCGCUGGGGGGAUCCGCCGUGAAUACAGAGCAGUGCAUGCUGGGAAUCGGCUGUCAGAUGAAACGCCUGGAGAGAGGUACAGAGAGGAGCCAGGACCAGCGAGGAUCCGUGCUCCCGCUGCGGUGUCGCCAGAGACACUUUAUCUACAGCACGUUUCACUCUGCAGCUGUCUGUAGAAGCCUGUUUGGAUAA